AGGUGUUACUAAGAAUCUCUGGCACAGUGACUUAGACCUUGAGAUCUGGCGUUGGUACAGUGCCAGGGCUGAACUCUGACCAUCAUGGCCUUGGCACGGGCCAACAGCCCCCAGGAGGCACUGCUUUGGGCCUUGAAGGACCUUGAGGAGAACAGUUUCAAGACACUGAAGUUCCACUUACGGGAUGUGACCCAAUUUCAUCUGGCCCGAGGGGAACUGGAGAGUCUGAGUCAGGUAGACCUGGCAUCAAAACUGAUUUCAAUGUACGGAGCACAGGAAGCCGUGAGAGUGGUGAGCAGGAGCUUGCGGGCCAUGAACUUGAUGGAGCUUGUAGACUACCUCAACCAGGUUUGUCUGAAUGAUUACAGAGAAAUCUACCGGGAGCAUGUGCGCUGCUUGGAGGAGAGGCAAGAUUGGGGUGUUAAUAGCAGCCACAAUAAGCUGCUCCUGAUGGCCACAUCCAGUUCAGGGGGUCGCAGAUCACCUUCCUGUUCUGACCUGGAACAGGAGUUGGAUCCUGUCGAUGUGAAGACUUUAUUUGCUCCGGAGGCGGAGUCCUACUCAACCCCGCCCAUAGUGGUGAUGCAAGGAUCUGCGGGCACUGGAAAGACAACCCUGGUCAAAAAACUGGUGCAGGACUGGUCCAAAGGGAAGCUGUACCCAGGCCAGUUUGAUUAUGUUUUCUACGUGAGCUGCAGAGAAGUGGUCCUGUUACCCAAGUGUGACCUGCCCAACCUCAUCUGCUGGUGUUGUGGAGAUGAUCAAGCCCCAGUCACAGAGAUUCUGCGGCAGCCUGGGCGGCUCCUGUUCAUCCUGGAUGGCUAUGAUGAGUUACAGAAGUCCAGUCGUGCCGAGCGCGUACUUCACAUUCUGAUGAGGAGAAGGGAGGUACCAUGCUCCCUUCUCAUCACCACGCGGCCUCCAGCUUUGCAGAGUCUGGAACCCAUGUUGGGUGAACGGCGACAUGUCCUUGUCUUAGGCUUCUCUGAGGAGGAGAGGGAAACAUAUUUCAGCUCCUGUUUUACGGAUAAGGAGCAAUUGAAAAAUGCCCUUGAGUUUGUGCAAAACAAUGCUGUUCUCUAUAAAGCAUGCCAGGUUCCAGGCAUUUGCUGGGUGGUCUGCUCCUGGCUGAAGAAGAAGAUGGCGAGAGGCCAGGAAGUCUCAGAGACACCUAGCAAUAGUACAGACAUCUUCACUGCUUAUGUGUCCACCUUUCUGCCCACUGAUGGCAAUGGAGACAGCUCUGAGCUUACCAGGCACAAGGUACUAAAGAGUCUGUGCUCCUUGGCCGCGGAGGGGAUGCAGCACCAGAGGCUGCUAUUUGAGGAAGAGGUCCUCAGAAAGCAUGGCUUAGACGGCCCCAGCCUUACUGCUUUCCUGAACUGCAUCGACUACCGAAAGGGGCUUGGCAUCAAGAAAUUCUACAGCUUUCGCCACAUCAGCUUCCAGGAAUUUUUCUACGCCAUGUCCUUCCUUGUGAAGGAGGACCAGAGUCAGCAGGGAGAGGCCACACACAAAGAAGUGGCAAAGCUGGUGGAUCCGGAGAACCACGAAGAGGUGACUCUCAGUUUGCAGUUCUUAUUUGACAUGUUGAAAACAGACGGCACCUUGAGCUUGGGGCUGAAGUUCUGCUUCAGAAUUGCUCCUUCGGUAAGGCAGGAUCUGAAGCAUUUUAAAGAGCAAAUAGAAGCCAUAAAGUACAAAAGGUCAUGGGAUCUGGAAUUCUCUCUCUAUGAUUCCAAGAUAAAGAAGCUCACACAAGGUAUCCAGAUGAAAGAUGUCAUUCUCAAUGUGCAACAUUUGGAUGAAAAGAAAUCUGACAAGAAGAAGUCAGUUUCAGUGACAAGCAGCUUUAGUAGCGGGAAGGUACAAAGUCCAUUCUUAGGAAAUGGUAAAAGCACCAGGAAACAAAAGAAGGCAUCUCAUGGGAAAAGCAGAGGGACAGAGGAACCAGUCCAGGGGGUUAGAAACCAUAGGCUGACAAGCAGAGAAAAGGGUCAUAUGGAGAUGAAUGAUAAGGAGGAUGGUGGGGUGGAGGGACAGGAGGAUGAAGAAGGACAGACACUUAAAAAGGAUGGAGAGAUGAUAGAUAAGAUGAAUGGGUAGGAGAGAGAGAGAGAGAGAGAGAGAGAGAGAGAGAGAGAGAGAGAGAGAGAGAGAGAGAGAGAGAAGAGAGAAUUGGAUAAUUAAGACCAGGAGUCUUAGCAUGUGCAAUGAAAGAUUCACUGAAAGAACCAGCCCUUACCACAGAUAUUUGAAGUUUAAUUAGUUAGCAUCCCUCCCCCUAGUAGGUGCUCAGUAUCUCCUGUGGUGUGAAGUCACUUUGAGUAGCCCCUUCUAUGCUAACAUCCAUUGACUAGACUUUAAUUCUAACAUUAGAUUCUUUUUUAAAUAAAAUAAACUUUAAAAUAAGAAAGUGAGAAUCACAUACACUCUGUAAAAUAUGGGCAUAUAUGGAACACAUGUAAAGGAAACAUGCUUUGGUAUAAUGGAAAGUCCUGUUGACUCUCUAUUUGUGUUCAAGUAUUGCUUAAAUAAAGUGUAGUUUCUCAUUCUUUCUAGAAACUUCUAUACUUUCUAUUGUUAAAAGUGGGUCAUGGGUGGUCACAGCCCUAAACACUGGUCUGGGAAACUCUUCUUUGCUUUGACCUGACUAAAUUAUGUACUAAUAUUGAUCAUAUUAGUACUGUUAGCCCCAGCUAUGCCAUCAACUGACUUUUCUUCAUGAAAAGAUGAUGCAGUUCCAAGAUUGGGCAUAUCCUUUUCUACUCUGGGUCUUUCUAUAAUAGAAAGAAAAGGAUUUUUGCUGUAGGCAUAAUGAGUUGAUUGAACUCCUUGUGUAGUGGAGGACAUUGAGGUAUAAUCAAGAGCCCUGUUUAUUUCUUAGAUUCCUCAGAAAGUUCUUGACCCUCACAUCAUAGCUAACCAUGCAGAGGUCUGCAGAGACUGCCAACAUGGCACUUAAUCCUGCUCAGUGGCUAUUGUUGGCCCUAGUCACAUGAGCUAGGCCAGUAAGUCUAUUCACCCCCACAGUUACCUUUUCAAGAGAGAAUUCCACUGAGUCGCCCAGGUUAUCCUUGAACUCAUGCUGUAGCUUAUGAUCUUCCUGCCUUGGUAUCCAGAGUAGCUUGGGUUGCAGGCUCAGAUGACCAGACCCAUCUCUCAACUAGCCUUUAUUGGGUGUUUUUUUUUUUUUUUUGUUUUGCCUUUAAUUUGCCGCUCAUAGAGACUCAAAAUGCUUUG